AUGCAUACAGCUACUGCAAAAUUAAAAUUGCAAACAAAUACAAAUCGUUAUAGUGAAAUUAUUCAACAUUUAUCAAAUCAAAUGAUACUGUUAAAUGAAGCAUAUAGCACAUAUACAAAUCAACAAUCAUCAUUAGAACAAUCAUCAAAUAAGCAAACUGAAGCAUUAAAUAUGGCAUUAGAUAUUAUAUUAAAAAAACAUAAUACUCAUAUAAUUUUCAUGGCACAAACAAAAAAAUCAGUUAGUGAAUUUAUUCAAGAUGCAUUUUGUCCAAUGGUUGCUGUUUUAUGCAGUUAUGAUGCUGAAACGAUUUGUCGAAAAAAUAAUUUAACAUUUGCUGAAUUAAUUCAACCAUUUUGUCGUCUUCCAUCUGAAGUUGGCUAUCGUGACCCAUCAAAUAAUUUGAUAGUAUUAAAAAAUUUACGUCUUGAAAUAAAAGAUUAUAAUUCUUUACCUCCACAAAGUACUUUAGCAAAAAAAUUAUUAAAUGAUGCUGUAUUUAAUGCAUUAACUAAUGGAUCAACAAGUAAUGAACGUGAAAUUGAUACAGAACAAUAUCAAUUACAAAUAAGAAAUACAACACCUUGGUUUGAUGCAUGGCGAGAUUGUUUUUUACGUAUAGCAUAUAGUGGUGAUCAUGAAUUUCUUAAAAAUUAUCUUGCUUGUAUUAUGGUUGUGUCAACAUCACAUCUUGAUCCAAUCGAUGCAUUUUCUAAACUUGUUCAACUACAAAAUCAACAACAACAACAAUUACCAGCCAAAUUACCUAAAUGGUUUAUGACAAAUAUUUAUAGAUAUUUUGUUUUAUUACAUGAUGUUACUGAAGGAGAAGAAUCGAAAGCUGUAUCCGUAUUUGGUGAUCUUAAACAACAAUAUGGAGCUGGUAAUUGUCAUUUAUUACAAAUCAAUUCUAAACGUGCUGGUCAAACAAGUAGUGAUACAAGUGAAGCAACUAAUAUGCCAGAUCCCUGGCGUCUUUAUGUUAAACAAUCUUCAUCAUCUAUUCAACAACAAUCACAAACAGUAUCAAAAAAAGAUAGUUCAAUGAGUGAUUCUUUAUCGAAUUUAACAGAACUUAUUGAUCAAGAACUCAAUCUUAACACAUCCAUUACUCAUCCACUAGGGUCAUUUGAUACAUCAAGUAAUGAUCUAUCUUCAACAACAACAACAAUUGAUGAAGGAUAUGAUGGUUCAUCGAUAGCAAGUACAACUACGAUAAUUCAUGGUGCUUGUUUAACAUUAAGUGAUCAUGAUAGAAUACAUGUGUUUAUGCAUGAAUUUGUUACAAAAGGUCUUCUUCUAUGGGUCGAAUCAAAUUUAAAAACAUUUAAUGAACAAAUAACAUCACGUCGUGGUAUAACACAAUUAUUUUCAAUGCCAAAAAAAUUCUUUGGUGGUAAUACAUCUACUGUUAAAAAUCAACCAACAACUUCUUCGACGAAUUUAACAAAUGAUUCCAUGGAAAGUGUUCGUCGUCGUACUGCUGAUUUAGCAUUUCUUUUUCAACAUUAUGAAUUAGCUUAUACAAAUUAUCAUGCUGCUAAACGAGAUUUAUCACGUGAUCAAGCACCAACUUUUUAUGCUGGUGUAUUAGAAAUGUGUUGUCUAGCAAAUUUCAUGCAAGAAUCAUCCGCAAGUAAAGCUUAUCCAACACAAUAUAUGGAUGAAGCUAUAGAAAUCUAUGCAGCUGUAUGCAGAUUACCAAUAUUUGCAACACGUUGUGUACUUAUGUCAACAGAAAUAUUAAAAUCUAAAGAAGCAUAUGAUCAAGCUGUUCAACAAUUUCUUAAACUUUCUCAAGAAGAUUCUGAUUUACGUGGUGCUCUUUUUCUUGAGCAAGCUUCAUAUUGUUUUCUUAAUUACCGACCACCGCAUAUACGAAAAUAUGCAUUUUAUAUGGUGAUUGCUGGACAUCGUUAUUUAAAAGCUGGACAGCGUUUACAUGCUCUUCGUUGUUAUAAUGAUGUUCUUAAAAUCUAUGGAAAACCAAAUUGGUCAUUAGCACUUGUAAAUGNUUUAUGGUUACAUGCAUCACAUCUUGCUGGUGAAAUGAAUAUUGAUUUUUUAUUUCUUUAUGAAUCGGAUGUUUUUCAACAACCAUUAAGACAUCGAACAGUAAAACAUUCAUCAUUAUUUAUAAUUACUCAUUCGAUUGGUUUUCAAACGCAAUCCCAAUUAACAGGACUUGGUGAACUUAUUUUACCAGUUCAAAUAGAUAAUUUAAUGGCUACACAAAAUACAUUGAGUAUCAAUGUUCAACAACUUUCAUGUAUUAGUAAACAUUGGGAUAUAAAAAAUCUCUCUCCUAUAUCUCAAAAUUCAAUUCGUUAUGGUGAAAAUUUAUCACUUUUAUUUAAAUGUAAACGUCCAGAAAAUCACGAUGAUUCAUUACAAAUGACACAUAUUUGUUUAACAAAUGAGGAAACAAUAAAUGAUAAAUACGUUGACAUAAGUAAAAAUCCGAUCGGAGAAUUUUUUCGUCAUUUUAUUUCAAAUAUUGAUCAUAUACACUCAAUACAUCGUCAUAGAAAUUCAGUAUCGUUAUCAAUACCUCCUAUUUCUCUUAUGCUUCUUUGGCAAAUAGCAAUAUCAAAUCAAUUAGGUCAAUUUGAAAUUCGUCAUGGUUUACAUAUGCUUUCCCCAUCUAUUGACACUCCUCAUACACAACAAGAAACAAAUGAUAUAAUACAAUAUGAAUUAAUUUAUCCUUCAACUGUUGAACAUAAAUUUACAAAAGUUUUAAUUUUACCUGUUAGAUUAAAAUUAUUUAAUCGAACUAAUGAAAAAUUACAAUUACAAUUACAGUUAAUAAGAUCAUCAUUAGAUAAUGAUCCACUUUUAUCAUCAUGUUGUUUGUGGUCUGGUAUGACUGAACAAUUUAUCAAUUUAUCAGCAUAUGAGCAUUUAUCAUUAAAUUUACGUGCAUGUUUUUUUAAACCAGGGUUUUAUUCAUUGGGGAAUAUAUCAUUAACAAUAAUUGAUAAAAUUAAUUCUACAACUAUACCGAUCAAAUCAAAUAUACAUAAUUAUUUUGUUGAUAUUCGAACAUUAUUAUAA